AGUUGACUCAAAGAGAGAGAAAGACAAUAGUUGAACAGUUUUGUACAAAUUAAUUUAUUCCAAAAUGAAGGAGAAGCAAGAGAGAGAGAGAUUUCAUCCUUUUUUUCAGUUUCAGUUACACUUAUUUAGCUAGCAAAUGCAGCUGGCUAGUUUAGCCUAUUUAAACACCCUGCUCAAACAAAGGAAUGCUAUGUUAGCUAGCUGGCUAUAACUAUCAAACUCAACACUUGAACUCUUUCAGGUCAAGGCUUUUUUCUCAUUGUGCAUUUACAUCAACAACACACUCGCCUGCCCACCCUCAGAUAUCCUGACGUUCAUCAUGGGGCAGUUGUUGGCCUCAGAACAGGAGCAGUCGGAGGCUCAGGUUGCUGUUGGCUCUCUGCUCUACUCCUCCAUGUUGGAGGCCGGUGCUCUGCCUGAUGUUGCCGUCGACCACUAUCUGCUAGCUAAUCCAGACAGCCUGGACUCCAGGGCCCACCUACAGGACCACCUCCGCCAGCUGCAGGGGCACGUAGGUAACCGGGCGCCCACCUACCUGAAGGAGCUGAUCAGCCGCCUGGUCGCUUUCUCUGACGAGCCCAAGGUUGCAGGCCUGGUGGGCUUUGUGGUCUCCAUGGUGAUGGAGACGGCAUAUGCCUCGUCCAGGGGGUCAGUGAGGUCAAGGGGUUGCCAAGUCGAGGAACGGCGAGCGGAGCUCCAGGACGUUAUGGAGGAAUACCUCAAGCGCUGCCGGAUGCACUUGAAGGAUGAGCAGAAGCUGAGAGAAGACACCCAGCGUCUGGAGGGCCAGCUGAGCUACUUGCUGACCCAGCUGAAGAACACCAUGCUCAGGGAAGGCCCCAGCUCCAAGGCCCUGAAGCACUGGGCCAGCGGCGCCGCCUUUCACACGCAGAUGCUGCUGCACCUGACCAGGCUAGAGCAGAGAGGAGACCCGCUGGUCGUCCAGGCUGCAAUGGAGCAGUACCAAGAGGACUUCAGAGAGAUUCUACCUGCGUACAGAUGCUACAAAGCCAGUACGGUGACUGUGAUAAAGUGUAGGGGAGGGCUGCAGACCGGGGAGGAUCCUCUGACUGAGGGGAGUGUGACUGGGUUCACUGUGGUGGAUAAAGAGUUAGGGAAGAGUGUGAGUGUACCCCUACCUGAGGACGCUCCCCCUGGCUUUGUCCUGAUCACUUCAGAUAUGUGUGCUCAAGCCUAUUUAGAGCGAUUGUUCUCUCCACAAGGCCCCAUAGCAGAGCUGGAGAGGUACUUUCUCAACAGCAGAGAGAGUCUACGCAUGAAGUUGAUGGUACAAGAACCAACGGACCCCAACGAGAGGCUGAGCAUAGUGGAAACAGAACCCGUAGACAGAAGAUAGCACAUGUUCAUGUUGACUUUCAUACAGGCAAAGGCAAGAUGCAAAAUCCACAGAACUGAACGAACACUCUUGACUAAAUGUGCAUUUAUUGUAUUGUAUGUAUGAUCAAAUGUUGAAUAAUAAUCUGGUUUAUUCAAUGCUAAUGUUCUCCUAUGACUUUCUGAGAAAAUAUAUUAUAAAAGCACAUGAAUAAUUCCUUCCCACGCAAAUCAAUUGUUAUAAUGCGAGAAACUAAUUGUACAGACACAAAUGGCAAAAGUAGCACAGUUCACAGUACUUAAUUGUCUAUGGUAUUGAAAGGGAUGCUUGAGUGCAGGUUUGAAUUGAUUUCUUCAUGCUUUGUGGAAGUGGUUCUUUCUUACUUUGUCCUCACAUUCAGUUCAAUAACCUUUUCUACAGCUUUUGUAGAGUGCUCGGAAGCAACAGCUGAUUCUUUGAAACUAAACUCUUAAUGGUUUUGCUGCUGCCAUGGCUGAAUGUAAUGUAGGAAUGUGUCAAACUUUAUCGAGGCCUGUCAAAUUGAAUGCCAUUUGAGUCACACUUCAUUGCUACAAUUACAAGUCAAAGUGAGAGACAGAGCUGCUCUCCUAAUGCUACGUGAUUAGUACUCUACACUUUCUAAAGCUCUCUCUUUUCUCGAUCUCCAUCCCAUUCUCUUUCUCUUUUCUCUCCUCCCUGCCUCUCUCUGUCACGUAGCAUUAGCUAUCCAUGUGAGGUGGGCCUGUGAGCCAACACUGCCAGAGGAACAGAGUUGGGCUCUGUGAUGUCACUGCGCAGAACUGCCACCUUUAACACCCUACUCUGACAUCUCAGCCACUCUUACUGUAACUCAAAUCCUCCUUUUCAGAGUUAGUUACUUAGAGGGGGGCUACCAGACUUUUAAACUUAGCACCCAGCAGAGAUACCCUGUGGUGUCACAUGUAAUGUAUAAUGUUUCUGAAAGGCCAAAGGGUGUGUUUUUGUCAUUAUAGAUAGUCACGCUCCACUGCAGUAGCUAUGUCUUCUCUUAGUGUUAGCAGAGAGGGGUGUGUGUAGUGUUAUCCAUCUA